UUUUGUGGGGAACAGCUGAUUUUACAGCAAGUGUCAAUUUGUUCAAUUCUACAGAAAUCACGGAAGUUAAAAUUACUUAAAUUUAAUAUGGAUAUUGAAGACAACUCCAGCCGAAAUCCUCUACUAGAAGAAUGCUGUGAAGAUUUGUUUGGUAUACAUCUGGAUCCUCCAGAUAGACGCGACAAAUGUGAGAAAUGCAAGAGACCAGCUGUGGUCUGUUGGUGCCCAUCAUUACCCAAUCCGCCACUUGACAUCAAAUCUGCGAUUGUUAUAUUGCAACAUCCUGCCGAGGAGAAGCGUUCCCUGCGCACAGCCUUAAUGCUGCAACUUGGUGUAACACCCGGAAAAUGUGUGGUAUAUAAAGGCAAACGAUUUCCAUCGCCAAAGAAUCAAGCCGAGCUAGAACCAAUCCUAAAUUCACCCAAUUCUUUACUACUCUAUCCGAGUAAAGACUCUGUGCCUAUAGAAUGUGUUAUGGCGCAAAUAAACACAGAUCAAGAUGAACGGAAUGAGGAACAACCUUUUAUUUUGGUGCUUAUUGAUGGUACAUGGCCACAGGCAAAAGCAAUUUAUGCUAGCAGUCCCAUGCUGCACGGCAUGCGACAAGUCAAACUUAUAGCGGCCGGCAAUAGCGAUUAUAUCAUACGCACACAGCCUACCGAAGGAUGUCUCAGCACACUAGAAACAGCGGCGCAAGCACUAUCCGUGCUGGAGAAACGCGCUGAAUUGCGCCAACUGCUAGUACGUCCACUGCAUACCUUGUGUAAAUAUCAGUUGGAUAAUGGCGCUGUGGAACACCAAUCGAAAGAAUUUCGCAUUAAAAAUCAACAAUAUCCUAAACAGAUUGGUAAACGAUUAAAUCGUUUGCUCAAUUAUAGUACAAUUUGUCGACCUGAGGCGAGGGAAGAAAGUAUGAUGAAUGGAAUGGAUACGAACUUACAACAACAGCAACAAGAAACGUGAAAGUAGGCAGAUUAAUUUCACAAACAUUUGUGUACAAUAUAAGUUGCGUUCCAGAUGCUUCCGGAUUUGCAGGAAAAGCUUUUUUCUCCAUU